AUGCAGUCACCCGAAGAAACUACCAUGGCUUCGCCCACCGCUUCCGUCUCAACCCCCACACACGGCUCUGCACCGCGCAGACCGCCGCGAAAAAGCACCCUUACCCAGCAGCAGAAGAACCAGAAGCGCCAGAGGGCGACGCAGGACCAGCUAGUGACACUUGAAGUUGAAUUCAACAAGAAUCCCACUCCCACCGCUGCGACAAGGGAAAGAAUAGCCUCGGAAAUCAACAUGACAGAGCGCUCUGUGCAGAUCUGGUUCCAGAACAGGCGUGCCAAGAUAAAGAACAUCGCGAAAAAGAGCAUUGAGGAUGGAGGUGACUGCAACGACAUCCCGGAGUCAAUGCGUCGGUAUCUGGCCCUCCAAGCCAUGGAGUCGGGCAAGUCCAUUGGCACGAGCUUUCUGGGCCGCUCUGGUGGAUCAAUGACACCGUAUGGCAGCGGCAUGUUGCUCAAUACGGAUACGAGCUCUUCCAAAGUUGUCAUUCACCAUUUCGCGUGCCGCUCGUUGAGUAUCGGCUCAUGGCGCCGUGUGGGCCAGAGUGCCAUGGAUCUCGUGAUCUUUUACUCGCCCGAGAAGUGCUGCGUUACGUACUACAUCAACAAUGACUCAGCAGGCUACAAGAUCGAAUACCCCUUCUCGUACAUUAAGAACAUUACCUUAGAGAAUGGGGACAUGAAUGGUAACGCUGAAGGUGCCUCACAGCGACCGGGAGGUCUCAUCGUCGAGCUGAAUCGCCCUCCGAAUUUCUUCAUGGACUCAUCUGGAUCUGGAGGCUUCUUCCAGUGUGGUGACUUCACCGAGGAACAACAAGCGUCGACCAUGAUGGUGCAUCACCUGGGUGGCCACCCGAAGGUCCUGAGCGGCCAGCUUGCGAAGUUGGUCUCAUUGGAGUCCUUCCAGAACCGACAUAACCUCUACGACCAUAACGCUCUCGCCGCAUCUGCACCCGUCUCUCCGAUCAACCACCGCCCUGCUUCGCAGCCUAAUCACAUGCAACAUCCUCACCUGGGACAUGGGUUCCACGACUCACCCUUUGCGCCUGGUGGCUUCCAAGCGCGUGGUCACAAGCGCCAGCGUAGUCGUUCCGUGCCUGUUGCGGUUGACUUCUCGCUUCUGCGCAACCCGAUGCCUUCGUUCUUGAUUCAGCCGGAGCACUCACCAUAUACGCCUAAUCCGGAGAUCUUCGCCCCUGUACCUCAGAGCGCUUCGGGCUCGCUUGGACCUAACCUGAGCAUCGAUACCUCUGCUGGAUACGGGAUGGAGUACCGUCAAUACCCUAUGUCUGCUACCACGGCCAAUUCUCCAUCAGAGUUCGGCACACCGGCCUUCUUCACUUCAGGUCCUCGGUCGGAGAACGUACCUGCAUCGACAUUCGGUCAGCAGUACAACAUUCCUCCUUACUUGCACACUCCUAUGGGUCCGCCUCCUCACUCGGGUGCCUCCACGUCUCCCAUGCCAACAAUGGCUCACCAGGACCCUAUCAUUGCCAAUCAGUCUCCGCCGCUGAGCUCGUUCGGUCGCUCUAGCUCAGCAGACGUGUACCCGAUGUCUCACGAGAACGGCAUGUCAGAGGAAGCUCUUCAGAUGACGGACAUGUACGCGAAACAGUCAUUAAAUCUUCCAUUCCGAUCUCCGUUAAUGGAAGAGCACGGUGAUGACUUCGACAUGCAAAAUCUGGUUUCUUUCGGCACGAUAGAUCCGGCUAGCUUGUCGCCCGAGAAUCACCACAUGUAA